AUGCGUACAGUGUUAGUGCUCGCAGCCUUCUUGGCAGCAGCGGCGGCGUUGCCGACUGAAAUACCGGAGCCUGGUCAACUGGCUCUGGUUCUCGGCGAAGAGGACUUUGAAGAUUAUCUCGAUGCCUGGCUGGAGCUUGAACAAUCCAAGUCUGCCAAUGCAUCUAACGCCAACGUUGAUGCCAGGAGCGGUUGCACCAUCAGAAUAAACGGAGACCUAGGUCAGCCUCAGCCAGUAUACCUCCGUGGAGGAAACAGGUAUAUGGCUGCUGAUGGCAACUCAGGUCAGGUCCGUCUCAACACUGGUGAACAAGUCGUCAUCGCUUGCACUGGCUCCGGAAGAACUAUAUUGCACCCGAACAUCGCCGCAUCCAGAGACGUUGCUACUGCGACUUGUGUGAGUGGCAACCUCGUCUCCGGUUCUGGUUGGUUGAAUGGAAACGGAGCAUUCGGUCAGCUCACUUGCUCCGCUCAUGCUUUCCAUGACGCUCAAGCGACUACCACCCGCUGCUGGAACAACAAUAUUGUUAUUCGGGUCGGCUUCAUCGUCAACAAUGUUUUCUACCCGCUGUACUGGUCAUGCUUCGACCAAAACCGUCUGGAAGUUAUUUAUGUUUGGUAUGAUCAGACUCCCGAAAAUGCAGUUCACCAAACCGGCGUAGACAGGCCCAGUUGGUUAGCUGGAAGCUUCUUCCCUGGUGUUGCCGUCAACACUAUGUACACUCAAGUGAACCAGAAAGCUGUUGUGACCCAAUAUGUCGGAGCUACUUUGGCUGACAAAUACAUCACUAGCCACCAGUUCAUGGCUCGGGGUCAUCUUGCUGCUAAGAGUGACUACGUCUUCGCUACCGGCCAGCGUGCUACUUUCUAUUUCAUCAAUGCUGCUCCUCAGUGGCAGCCAUUUAAUGCUGGUAACUGGAACUGGCUGGAGCAGAACCUCCGUGCUCGUAUUGGUGCUGCUGGCUACAACACUGUCAUCUACACUGGUACCUUUGGAAUUUCCCAACUGCGUGACCAAAACAACCGCCUCGUCGAUAUCUACUUGGUUCCAGAACGUAACCAGAUCCCAGUUCCUCUGUACUACUACAAGGUCGUCUACGAUGCCGGUCGUCGUCUCGGCACAGCAUUCGUGAGCAUCAACAACCCUUACUACACGGAGUCCGAGGUGCGUGCUCUGACCUUCUGCACGGACCGCUGCCGAAACAACAGCGCGUUCAGUUGGCUUAACUGGCAGCCUGACCGCAUUGACAUCGGAUACAGCUUCUGCUGCACCGUCGAUGACUUCAGGAGAACUGUUCCCCAUCUUCCCGCCUUCACCACCAAUGGAAUUCUUGCUUAA